AUGUUCAUCUUUUGGUUUGAUGGAUACGCUUUCGUUCACAAAUCCCCAGGGAAACUGUUCAAGAGGUCUGAUCACCGACUUGUUGUUGGAAUGUACGCUCUGCCGGCGUCAAGUCGAUUUACCACGUCUUGCUCCACGAGUCUGUUAGGUUGGAGACUGACCUCGUCGGAGGAAUUGGACGCAUCCCGGGAGAAGGUGAUGGAAUCUAUUGGCAUGACAUUGCCGGCAACGCAGAACAGCAUUUUGAACAUGGCUCGGCAGGUGGAGUUUGACACCACCGCUUUGCGGGCGAGGCGUGCCAGAUCUUCGGAAACAGCGGCAUUCCGAGAACACCGCAUAUUCGUUGCCAAUUCCGGUGGGGAAUCCAGGAUAGAUGCUGUAGAAACAUGCGACGAAGACGCAAACAAAUGA